GACCCGCUGAUCGUGGGCAUCAUGCUGGCGAGCAAGGAGAUCUACAAGGAAGCACGUAGUGUGCUCUACGGCGAGAACUUCUUUACUUUAAAUCUCGCCACCGCCAUGCCUACCCUAGCAUGCCUCCAUCAGCGGUCGCGGCGACAGAUCAAGCACGUCGAGCUGGAAAUUCCAACCUAUAACGACAUCUUGGAGCGCUUCCAGGAGACAGUGCGCCUGAGCCUGCGAUAUUGUUCCGGCCUGAAGAAAUUCGUCAUGCACAUGCCCUUUACUCUUCCAGGAGCUGAUGGCAGCGGCACGACUGGCAAUACCACGGUUUAUGCAAACGGCUUCGACAUCCUGCGUUGGUUGCCUCAAGAGUGCAAUGUCAUUCUCAAAGGUCACAUCUGCACCGAAAUUGAGACUGUUGUCAACAAGCAUCUGCAUCUAGCAAAGACGCUGGACAAGGUACGUCAUAGAGUAUAU